UCAAGCUACCGCAUCCGCUUACUUAUAAGCCAACCUCACACUAGCUCUAGUACUAUAGCCCGCGCGGCAACUGUACGCGGGCUAUAGUACUAGAGCUAACCUCACACAAGUUUUAUAACACCUGCCAGAGCGGACGCACGCACGCGGCAACGUCGAGCGUCUGCGUAUUCAGUCACCGAUUUCUAUUCAUUCAGCCACUCAUUGCUAUACUCCAGAUACCUCAAGGAGAUACGUAAAAACAAAGCUAAAGUUGAGCAAGUAUAUCUAAGCACUACCAGAAGCCAUGUCAGUGAGAGUAGCUACAGAGUUUGAGGCGAGCGCACCGCUCAAGCGUCACCGAUCGUCAUCACCGGACGCCCGCCAACAAUCGCCGUGGAAACGCAGCCUCGUGGAAGAACGCGAACAGGAAACGGAACAUGGGUAUACAUAUACUAUACAAGUCGCUAUGACUAUAUACGAACCCACGCCAACCAAUGAGACUAAGGAUGCGCACGACGAAGCCGUGAAGAAGGUCAUUCAAAGGUCGGAGGUUGCGAGCGAGGUUGCCACGGCGACGCGCGACUGCAUCCUGAGGGAGGAGCUCGCCGGUGUCUCCCCGCCGUCCGUGCCGCCGCUCCCCGGAUUCCCCGCUCGCCCAGAUGACACCCCGGGACGCGACAGCGCCGCGCGACUCAAGGAAACCUACGAGUGGACCGUCAAGGCUCUCCUCUUCCUUGACUGCGCGGCCGCCGACGAGCGUGCGGGGGCGACGCCGGAAGGGUACGGGAAAGGGAAGUUCCCUAUGGAGCGCGUGCUGCAGGAGGUGGAUAGGAUGGAGAAGAACGUGGCAGGAGCGUGCUUGACGGGGAUAGGGAGCGUGCCUCACGUCGACACGAGCGGGCUUCGGCCGGAAGCGUGCGACAACGAGAGCGAUCGCGUGCAGAGAGACUACGUGCUGACUCGCGACACCGCCGAGUGCCUCGACGCCGUGACGAUCAUCUACAAAGACAUGUAGCACGGUUGCCGUGGCGACGACAACAACGCGCGGUGACGGCGGCUGCCAUCGUUGGCUCCGAUAGACGGUCAUGUAUUAAAGAUGUACUCGCGCGUUUGUGCGUGCGUGCAUGCGUACGUGCGUGCGUGCGUGAAGACGAAGACGUGUACGUACGUUUAGUCCUGCGGCUGCGAAUGGGUUGGGGAUGGAUAAGUGGGAAGCAUUUCGCAAUUGUACGGCUGCUGUACAUUUGUAAUUAUUUUAACGGGUCUAUCGGGCUAUAAGGUGAAUAAGAGGAGUCGUUUUUAGGGUGUAGUGAGUAGCACGCAUCGCAUCACAUCUAUAUUUAUAAUAGCUUAACUCUACUAUAUUUAUUGUUGUUAUUAAUAUUAUAUAUCACUCAUAAUUUAAACACAUGUAUACUCAUAACUCAGCCUAUGAUAAGCUAGUGUUCAUAGUAGACCCUCAGUAUUACGAUUCGUCGUGCUCUCAAUUGCCACCUUAUAUUAAUAUUGUGCAGCAGUAGGUGGCUACAUACGGAGAAUACACAAGAAGUAUUUUUAUUUCCUUUCAUUUCCAUUUCAAAGUACGCUUUUUUCUAGCUAUAUGUGAUAUUCAUAUUCCUGUUAGAACUUAAAUAAACGUGUUUACG